ACAGGAACAACAAGCUAACAAAGUAAACAAAUUAAACAGGUCUCAAGUCUUAUGUUGAGGGAGGGACAGAGAAGAUUCAAAGGGCAAAAAAAAAACGUCUUUGAUUCAUCAAAGCUACUUGAGGGUGCCACUUAACCAACAACAGAUAGGGAAACAUAAAACGGCAAAAAAAAAAAAAAAAGGAACUUUUGAUGGUUUCUUUCAAAGGAAGAGAAGAUAAGACUUUUUGGCCUUCAGGGUCCCUUUAGUUUGGUUUUUGUUCAUAAGAUUGCAUUGGAACAAAAAGGCAAAGAGAGUAAUGUGGCUGUCAAAGCAUCACUCAGAGAAGAAGGAUGGUGUGAAUGGAUUAGUAGCAGUGGCAAUUGAUAAAGAAAAAGGGGGCCAAAAUGCACUAAAAUGGGCAGUUGACAAUCUCCUCACAAGAAGUUCAACUGUAAUUCUCAUCCAUGUCAAGCUUCUCGCGCCAACUCUAUCUCCGUCACCUUCUCUUUUCACCCCAAGGAUAAGUGCUCUCCUUGGCGAUGAUACUUCACUGGUAUCUAAAGAACCAGAAGGCAAUAACAAAAACGUUUUCCUCCCAUAUCGUGUCUUCUGUACACGGAAAGAUAUACAAUGCAAGGACGUUCUACUAGAAGAUUCAGAUAUAUCCAAAGCACUAAUUGAAUAUGCUUCACAGGCGGGAAUUGAGCAUCUGGUUCUUGGCUCUUCAACAAAAACUAGCUUGCUCAAAAGAUUCAAGGUAUCAGAUAUUCCAGGAGCAGUUUCAAAAGGGGCACCAGAUUUCUGUACAGUCUAUGUUAUUGCUAAAGGAAAGAUUCAAACAGUGCGAUCUGCUUCUCGACCUGCGCCGGCCAUUGUCCCUAACCUGCUCAGUCAAGCAAGUGUCAGGACAGACCAUUCAGACCCAAAUGUGCCAUUGACUCAAAGCAUAAAAGAACAAGAAAGACAUUCCUUUGAUGCUGCAGCACCGCGUAGAUCACUGGAUGAAUCAGAACCAUUCAGGUCACCAUUCACUUGGAAAGGUUACAAUGGAAGACAAUAUGGGGACACUCCCAAGCCAGAUAAGGACAUAUCCUUUGUAAGUACCGGAAGAAAAAGCAUAGAAAACUUGUUCCCUUCGUUGAACUCAGAUUCAGGAUUUUCCAACCAUCGACUAUCAUUGGGCUCAGACAUAGAUGGAAGCUUCAGCUUAGAGUCAAUGCAUGAUGGAAGGAAGUCUACGGAAACUGGCACUCCUCCUGAAUUCCCAUCCCUCUCAUUUGAGAGUGACCAGCAUUCAUCUUCUACAUCACAAGCCGUGGAUGACAUGGAGGCUGAAAUGAGGAGAUUGAAGUUGGAACUGAAGCAAACCAUGGAACUGUAUAACACAGCCUGUAAAGAAGCAGUCACAGCACAACAGAAGGCAGUGGAACUUCAGAAGUGGAAACUAGAAGAAGAGAGGAGAUUGGAAGAGGCAAGGCUUGCUGAGGAAACAGCAUUGGCGAUUGCCGAAAAGGAGAGAGCAAAGUCUAAAGCAGCCAUUGAGGCUGCUGAAGCACAAAAGAGGAUUGCAGAACUGGAAGCACAGAAGAGACUCAAUGCAGAAAUGAAAGCACUUAGAGAAUCAGAAGAGAAAAAAAAAUUGCUUGAUGCUUUGGUAAAUGUAGAUGUGAGGUAUAGAAGGUACACAAUCGAGGAGAUUGAAGCUGCAACAGAUUUUUUUGCAGAAUCCCUGAAAAUUGGAGAAGGGGGAUAUGGUCCAGUUUUUAAGUGCCUUUUGGAUCACACACCUGUUGCAGUCAAGGUUCUACGCCCUGAUGCACAACAAGGAAGAUCACAGUUUCAACGAGAGGUUGAGGUGUUGAGCUGCAUACGGCAUCCAAACAUGGUUCUCCUCCUAGGUGCGUGUCCAGAAUACGGGUGUCUAGUGUAUGAGUACAUGGCAAAUGGAAGCUUGGAUGAUUGCCUCUUUCGAAAAGGCAGCACUCCCCCACUUCCUUGGCAGCUAAGGUUCAAAAUAGCAGCUGAAAUAGGCACAGGCUUGCUGUUCCUGCACCAGACAAAACCAGAACCUCUGGUGCACAGAGACUUGAAACCAGCCAACAUCUUGCUAGACAGAAACUAUGUGGCCAAAAUCAGUGACGUAGGUUUGGCCAGGCUAGUUCCACCGUCUGUGGCGGACAGUGUCACGCAAUAUCACAUGACAUCCACAGCAGGAACCUUCUGCUACAUAGAUCCUGAGUAUCAGCAGACAGGUAUGUUAGGGGUGAAGUCAGACAUAUACUCCCUUGGGAUCAUUUUUUUGCAAAUUUUGACAGCAAAAUCACCAAUGGGUUUGACCCAUCAUGUUGAAAGGGCCAUAGAGAAUGGAAUUUUUACUGAGAUGUUGGAUCCAUCAGUGCUUGAUUGGCCAGUGGAGGAUGCCUUGAAGCUUGCUAAGAUGGGACUGCAGUGUGCCGAAUUAAGGCGCAGAGACAGACCUGAUCUUGGCAAGGUUAUCCUACCAGAACUCAACAGGCUAAGAGACCUUGCUGAAGAUAAUAAUCUAAUUUCAGUUAUGGGUAACUCUAUGGAUGCCCACCUUGAGAAACAACUUUCUGUGCAUUUGGAUGGAGGUGUCCAUCAUUUACUCGGUCGGGGGAAAUUAGAGCAAACAAUUCAGUCGGUUUUUUACUAGUCAAGACAGCAUCCAAUUGAACCAAAAAAGAAAGUAUGUUCAAUGGAUUAAGUGUAAAUUACUUAGGUGGAUUGAUGUUAUACCAUGCUUGCAUCAAAAGCGUAGCCUUUUUUGAGCUAGAGUUUCACUAUGCAAAAAACUAGGGUCGAUGCCUAUUAGACUAAUAGGUUAUCCUAAUCUUGGACCUGAUUUCUCUGUUAUCCCCCUGUUGUUCCUUGAAAAUCACACAAUUUUAAAUUGAAGUAUAAAAUUAAAUAUUAAUACAAAUUAAGUGGACAAUAUCGGGAUAACUCAAAAAAGGACAACAGAGAAGUCAAUUUGUCCAGUCUUUAACAAAAAAAUAAUUCAUGCAUAGAUGUAACUAAAAUGUUAUAGUAAAAUUAUUUUACUUGUGUUGUUCAAUGUUGAUCAAACAACUUAGGAUAAAAAGUUAUCCUGAGAUUUA